AUGUGGCAGGAGCUUUUUCUUGGGCUUUGCACGCUACAGUUUCUUGAGUCUACAAUAUAUUUGUCGCACACAAAAAGAAAGCAUACUCGUUCCUACAAUGCGCCAAUACACUUUUUAUUUAAAGAGGCGAGAAAGACUAAACGCACAAAAUUUGGAAAAGACGCAGCCAGCCGGCAGGAAAGCGCUAGAGGGGAGGGCAAGCACACAUGCAUGUCCAGAGCGGUGCCAAAGAACGCGCAAGCCGUAUACUUGGAAAAGCACGGCGAUAUCCGCAGUCCGUGCAUUAAUAAAACUUUUAAUUUUUCAGCAGCUUAG